AUGCGACCAGAAUUUGUAUACCUGGCUGCCAUGGCCGCAUUAUGGCCCAAGGUUUAUGGAUCAGCUUCAUGGCGGAAAAGUCUAGAACAUGUAGUAUUCUUCGGAGACUCUUUCACGGACCAGUCCAGGGCACAUUCGAUUGGCAAUGGCACAUACCCCGGGAAAUACUACAAGACCAUCUACCCCCCGGAUGAUCCUGCCGCGGAGGGCCGUGUUUCCUGGCCUCGGUAUUUUGGAUUCUACAGCGACCUGCCAUAUGAAAACUAUGCAGUCGGAGGCGCGGUUUGUAACAAUGACCUCACACCAGGCUUCAACGUUCCCGCAGUUUCUGGCGGCCAGCUCGCCUGGUUCGUGGAGGACCACGUGCUUUCCAAUGGAACAGGACAUAUCCCACCAAAGUUGGAUAUCCCAGGCGCAAAUACACUCGCCAUAAUCUGGGUCGGCACGAAUGAUCUCGGAUUGCAUUCUCUGCUGGCACCCAACGCCACGGAAGGCAGAACUUAUUGGCCCAACAUUCCUCCACUCACCCCGGCAGUCCCACCAAUCGCCGCCGGAAACGACAAUGCCACGACGAUGUUGGAUCUGGCGGAUUGCCAGCUUGGUUCUCUCCAGAAGCUCUAUGACUAUGGGGUGCGCAACUUCCUCCUCUUGUCAACGAUUCCUCUGCAUUUGACGAAGCUAUACUCGGCCGUCGAUGAUCCCAUGUUCCAAUACGCCAACGCGCUGAAUGCCCUCCUACAGGUGGGAGUCAGGAGCUUUUCUCAGAAGAGAGACGCACGAAUAGAAUAUUUCGACACGUAUAGAUUCUUCGAGGAGAUAUACCUCAAUCCGGAUCAAUAUUUCAACGGCACUGCGCCGGCCAACGUGACGGGCCAUUGUCACCAGUGCCCCAAUGCAACUGAUUGGCGUUACUGCGGAGUGGGAGAUUGUACUUUGGAAGAAAGGGAUAGCUAUAUGUGGUGGGACGAGUUGCAUCCAAGCGAGCAGACUGGGCGGUUAUUGGCUAGGGAGAUCGUCAAUAAACUAGAAGGGCGCUCUGCAUAUUGA